AUGGAGCUCCUUCUGACUCUGCCGUCCCCCUUGGAGGGGAUCGAGCGGUACAUGGUGCGCGACACACUGCAACUGACGAUAGAGGAGGCCAACGAGCUCUCCAACCGCUACUACGCGGCGGUGGAGCUGCAUCUUCGCAGAAGCAAUCACGCAACCGCGAGGGACGGCGAGGCCGAGGAUGACAUUGUGUCGGCGCUUGCGUUCGCACUGCAGCUCUUUAAUGCCGAGAACUUCUCAGGCGAGCUCACCCCGGCGGAGCAGGUACGCUACAGGGCUGUCUUGAACCACUUUGACGGCGCUGUGACAGAGGGUCAUGUGGGUUCCGAGGUUAAGGACGACGACAAGGAAGCGGAGGCAGCAGCGACUGCCGCCCCAUCCUUGUCCACUGCCCCGACCGCUGCUCGACGCGAAGGGCUACAGGGCCUCUUUCUCCAGCGGCUGCUGACGGUGGAUGGCGAAGCGCCGGUGGCCGCGAUGCGCCUUCCUGGCCUUCUCCUCUGCAUCCUCGGUGUUGCCAAAGCAGAACUCGAGUCGGGUGUGCCGUUGCUGCCGCUCACUUCGCCAUGGCGGCUGCGCGCCUUCUUCCGUCACCAGUUGUGCCUCUCCCACCGCUCGAACACACUCUUUCUGGCGCUGGCGGACUGCGUUGACGCGGUAUUGCGGCUGCCGAGAGAGGAGCAGACAGUGGAGAUGCUGCUGGAGGUGGGCCAGGUGCAGAGGUACUACCACCGCCGUGAUUUGGCCAAGGAGACAUUCGAUGCGGCGAUGCGCAUUAGCGGUCUGCGUGUAGAGGAGACAUCGAUGGUCGGGGUGCGCACCCGCUGGCAGCAGCACCAGCUAGUUCAGAUGGUACUGAGCGCGACGAGCCACCGCCCUGUUCCACCCCCGUCUAUGACGGAGGAGCAACCGAAGGCGGUUAUGACUGAAAAGGAUGGCCACGACCUGCUCGACCGGCCGCGCGAGACGCCCGAGGCGGCCCUCCAGCCCCUCACUCCGCUCCACCCAGAGGACAAGGCAAUCCUCCUCGCUCUCUGCACGGAUAUUCGCAACAACAACCCCGACCACGGGCUCACGCGGCACCGCAUGAUGACCUACAUCGAGCGUCUGCUGGUGGACCCGGCCCCAUCGCCAUUUAUUGUGCGCUGCCAGACACUUCUGAUGCGCGCGCGCCUUGAAUUACGGCGCAAUCGUGUGCAGGAGCGCGCGUUCAUGCAACUCACCGAGUUAGUGGAUCAGUACUCGGCCCGGCGCGACCCCACGCGCGAGGUGCUUGGGCGGGCGGCGAGCCGCUACUUCUACAGCGUCGCCUUCCCGCCGGUAUGGGCGCUAAGGCGCGAGUACGCAGACUUUUGCUUCGAGGAGACGCUCUACAAGACCGCGCUGGAUGUGUACGAGCAGAUCCUGGACUGGGAGCGCAUCAUCGAAUGCUGCAAGAAACUUGACAAGCGGCGCCGCGCCGAGAGUCUGGCGCGCGAGUUGUUGGAGAAGGAUCCGCUGAACCCAAUGCUGUGGGUCGCCCUCGGCGAGGCGAUGCGCGACGAUGCGCACCUGUGGAAGGCCUGGGAGCUGUGCGGGCACAAGAUGGCCGCCCCGAUGCGGGCGCUGGCGCGCUUAGCAUUGGACCGGGAGCACUACGACAAGGUUGUCGAGUACUUUGACGAGGCCGUGCGCAUCAACCCUAUUUUUGGCGGCGACUGGUUCGCCCUCGGCUACGCCUCUCUGCGUCUGGGGAAGUUCGAGCGCAGCGGCGAGGCCUUCACGCGUGUCUGCCAGAUCGACCCGAGCGACGCCUUCGGGUGGAAUAACCUGGCUUCUAUUAUGCUACGCGAGGGCAAACUUCGGCCGGCCUUCAACGCCAUGAGCCAGGCCAUCCGUAACAACCGCCGCGACUGGCGCAUGUGGCAGAACUACUUUCGCAUUGGCUGCGAGCUCAGGGAGGUGACGGAGACGACAAACGCACUCGGCAUCGCGCUAGACAUUGCACAGCGGCAGAUCCGCCUGGAGCGUGGCACGCUGGAGCUGUUCGUGGAUAACACGAUUGCUUACGUGAAGGGCGAAAUUCACGGCAGCUCCGCCGAUGCCGCAGAAGUGGGUGGCGGCAAGGCAGACACGCUCGUCUACCGCAGCCUCGGCAUUCUGCCAGACGAGAACGCCAUCCACCAUGCCCCGGUGGCGCAGACCAUGGCGACAGCGGAGGAGGAGGAGGAGGAGAUUGCCGGCUUGGCGCCGUUGGGGGCGGAUGUGGAGUUGCCGGACUUCGUGUCGGGUAUGGCGGUGGCGCAGAAGACGGCGGAGCGCGAGGCCAUUGUUGCGGGAAUUCGCCACCGUCAUGCCGACCGCGUCCGUGCGCUGUUUGCCCGCAUCCUCGAGCUCUUUGUCAGCGACCCGGAUAUCUACGCGUGCGCUGCGAGGCUCAUGCACUUCUUGGAUGGCCCUAUGGCCUCCUUUCGCUACCGUCAGAAGGAGCUGCGCGCAUGCCAGCAGAAAGAUCAGUGGUUCCGCGAGGAGGCUCUGUUCAGCCGCACUGUGGAGUGCCUGGAGGUAAUGGUAUCCGACAUCUUUGAGGCAUCUGGUAAGGCGCAGGACGACGGCGCUGCCGGAACGUCGGCGUCCUACGCGCAGACGGAUCUCGCAGGUGUCGAGGGGGUGUCGCACGAGCAGGCCACCACUGCAGCGGCGACGACACUGCCUACUGGUGAGGCACUGCAGCAGGCCAUCGUCGAUGCCUUCAAGGAAGUACAGAGAAGCAUCAAGGGCGCCCUUGACGCGGCUGAAGAGCACAUGGAGGCACACACGGCGUACGGGAGGCUGCGCGAGCUCUCGACGCGCGUGCGCUACGGCGCGCAGGAGGCGAAGGCGGCGUUUGCCUGA